GAGAGGAUGUAUAGGAAGUUGUUGCCGCGUGUGUUUCAUGUUAGGAAAUGCAUUCAAUGUCCUUUAAUGCAAUGACAGCACUGCGACCAUGGCGGGACAUCUGAAGAAGCAGUUAAAAGACGCAGUGAAGGUCAUCGGCUCAGGUAGCUUUCUGUUUGCCUCCUACCUCACUGCAGUUGGAGAUGAGCGUUUUUAUGCCAAUCAGCUGAUGCCCCUGCUGCAGAGGAUUGUGGGGGCAGAGACGGCACAUGUGUUGGCAGUGAAGAUGAUCGGUCUGGGUCUGGUUCCUCUAAACCGCUACCAGGACCCUGCAUCAUUGGAAGUGAACGUCCUGGGAUUAAAGUUCAAAAACCCUAUUGGGAUUGCGGCUGGCUUCGACAAGAAUGGAGAGGCCAUAGACGGGUUGUACAAGGUGGGUUUUGGCUUUGUUGAAGUUGGUACGAUCACUCCUAAACCUCAGGAGGGGAACCCCAAACCACGUGUGUUUCGACUCACUACAGAUCAUGCAAUUAUUAACAGGUAUGGAUUCAACAGCUGUGGUUUGGCAGAAGCACAACAGAGACUGAAGUCUAGGGGAGACACACAGAAACAGAAAAGUAAAGCUGGCCUUCCCCUGGGCAUCAACCUGGGGAAGAACAAGCUGUCCCAGAACGCAGGGGCAGAUUACUUGGAGGGGGUAAGAGUGCUGGGCCCGCUGGCUGACUACCUGGUGGUCAACAUCAGCAGUCCUAAUACGCCAGGUCUCCGGGAUCUACAGGGCAAGGUUGAGCUCCGCAAGCUCCUACAUACGGUGUUGAAGGAGCGUGAUGCCCUGCAGGGAGAACGCAAACCCCCGGUCCUGGUGAAGAUCGCUCCUGACCUCACUGCCCAGGACAAACAAGACAUUGCUGAUGUUGUCACUGAGCUCAGAGUGGAUGGCUUAAUGGUGUCUAACACCACGGUGUCCAGACCAGAGACGCUUCAGGAUUUGCACAAGUCUGAAAUUGGUGGGCUGAGUGGCCAGCCUCUCAAAGACCUCUCUACUAGCACUGUAAGAGAGAUGUACAACCUCACCAAAGGUAAAAUACUAAUUGUUGGAAUCGGUGGUGUGGCCAGUGGACAAGAUGCUAUGGAUAAGAUCCGUGCCGGUGCAUCACUGGUUCAGCUUUACACAGCUUUGACCUACCAGGGUCCGCCCAUAGUGACGAAGAUAAAGCGAGAAUUGGAACAACUUCUUAAAGAACAAGGUUUCAGCAGUGUAUCAGAGGCAGUUGGAGCAGAUCACAGGGGAGCAGAUGGGUUGACACAUGCGCAGAGUGUGCUGAAAGAGAUGGUAAAUGUUAACACAGACAAGCCGCACCUGUAGCUGCCAUCUCCUCCGACCAGGCAACAUGAUCCUUAACUUUUCCUGAACUGUAAUAAAUGCAGAGUAUUUGCGAUUGUCCAUCCAUCCGCCCUGAUUUUCAGGACGAGAUAUGGUCCGAACUGUUAGCUGUUUAAAACCAGGCACCAAAUCUCAGUUUUUCUCCUUUACUUGAACAUUAUGGCGAAGUCCGUAAUGAAAAGUCUUUGAUGUUGUGUUGAGAAGGUGUGGUGCAUUUGUAACUGUAUUUCAGACUUUCAUCUUUGUUACUUUGUAACAGCCAAAAAGACAAAAAUCUGACAUGAUGUUAUAUGGAUGAAAUGGCAAAACUUGUUAUCCUUAGUUUCAGGACCUGUCUAAUACAGAAGUUGAAAUUUUGACAUUGUGUUAACCAUCUUCAAAUAGACGUUUCAUACAUGAAUAGCUGAGUGAAAAAACCUUAUGAAGACACAUUUAAGAUGAUAAUGCACAGAAAGAGGAAAGUCCAAUCCCUGACAACUGACAUAAAAAGAUUUCCCUCAUAGAACUGUAUAUUAAAGAUAUUUGUUCCAGU